ACUUAAGCCGAGCAACAAGUUCGGUUUUUUUAUUUAACUUUUAAUCCGGCCCGCAAAACAACAAAUUCGUAUUUGCUGCGCUGAGUUUCGUUGUUUCAGUGGUUGUCUUAGUAAAAAGUAGCAACAACCACUUUAAAUUGAACGCAUCAGUGCACUUGUUUUUUUUGGUAAUUUUUCUUCCUGUGGAUCAGUUUGUGGUUUUUGUUCUUGUUGUCGCUGCGUGCGUAGAAUUUGUGAAAAGAGAAAGUUCUGCGCCGCCUUUUCUCCGCCUCUCUUUCCCCCAAUUCUUCCACACAGUCGUGGCCAAGAAGUUGCGCCUGCGCAGCGACAAUUUCACAAGAAAUCGAGGUCGAUCGCGAGUUGUAAUCCGCUUGGAACACCAUGGGCACCAAGCAGACCGUAUCUCCGGUGGCCGGAAAGAAUAAGACCACCGAUUCGCCCAGCGGAUCUCCAUCGAAGCUCAAGUCCAAUGGCCAGGUGCAGGGGAAGGCCAAAAACAAGGAGGUUAAUGCUCUGCCGCCACAGAAAUCGGUGGUCAUAGCCUAUCUAUGCUGGCUUUUCGGCGGAAUCUUUGGACUGCAUCAUCUGUACCUGCAUCGCGAUCGACACGCUUUCAUUUGGUGGUGCACCCUGGGUGGCUACAUGGGCAUUGGCUGGAUGGGCGAGCUCUUCCUGAUCCCCGAGUAUGUGCGGGAUGCCAACGAGGAUCCCAAGUUCGUCAAGAUGUUUGUGGCCAAGCUGCAGGCGUAUCCGAAACCGCCGUAUUCCUCGAAGAGAUUCGUCGGCCAGGUGAUGAUCGGCCACCUGUUCGGUCAGGUGUGUUCCAUGGCCAUUCCAGAGACCCUGGUCGGCGGCUGGGAUCUGAGCUUCCUACACUGGGCGAUACCGCUGGUCGUUUCCCUGGGCGUUUGGAUUGUGGGCAACAUUGGCCGGGAGCAGGGUGUCUGGUGGCACUGCCUGGCGACCGCCUAUCUGGCGUAUCCGGCGAGGUAUCUGAUAUACGACGAGACCUACUCUCUGCUGUUCACUGGCCUCGUGGCGGCACUGACCUUUGACGGCUUGUCCAAGCAGUGGCGAAGGACGCCGCCACGAAGGGGAAGCCCCGGUGAGAGGACCUUCAAGCUGACCACCGCCGUGAUCAUCUACUGCGCCUUCUGGGGCAGCUUCCUGUACUUCAACGGCACCAUUUCGGACGAGGACGGCGGCGAGGUGCCCAUCCACGAGGCCAUCCAUAACUUCUUGGCCUCCGCGUGGUGGACAGAUCUGAAGCAAGCCCUGCAGGACACCUAUAACUAUGCGCAGCAUCACGGCUGGUACGAGACCUGGAAGGAGGUGUUCGAAAGCAUGGACGUGGAUGGCGAACGCAAUUCAUACAAGGUCUUGGGCGUAAGUGCCACCGCCUCGCAGGCCGAGAUCACCGCUGCGUACAGGAAGCUCUCCAAGGAGUACCAUCCCGACAAGGUCAAGGACGAGGGCUUGCGGGCCCAGGCCCACCAGCGCUUCAUCGAAAUCCAGCAGGCGUACAGUGUGCUCAGCAAGAUCAAGUCCAACCGGCGGCGCAAGAACAAGCAGUACCAGGAGGAGGAGGCCAUCGUCCUUUGAGCGCAGCUCUUCUCCAUCUAGUCUAAGUAUAUAUAGCGCCUAGGAAAUAAGAUUCUUCACAUGCGAUUACUUACAAAAAUAGUACCUAAAGUGCUGCUAAAGCACAUAUGGCGAA